AUGCUGGGAUGCUGGACACCGGAUGUGGUGAGCUUGCUUUCCUGGUUUUUAGUGCCCAAUGUUUCCUUAGGAAAUCAACAGUAUGAAGUGCUAAAGGCCUCCCUACCGCCGGUUAACAUUCAAUUCCUCAGCGGAGGUGAUAAAGUCGACAAGUGGAGUGACCAAGAGAUCUGGGACGAGAUUCUAGGCAUCAAGGACAAUGACCACGCGGUCGUUGUCAGCACCCAUCAAGUAUUACUAGAUGCGUUAACCCAUGGAUUUGUUAGGAUGGAAGGAAUAGGAUUGAUUGUAUUCGACGAAGCCCAUCAUUGUGUCGGACAACACCCUGCAAACCGGAUCAUGCAGGAGUUCUACCACCCUCGAGUACGCAAGGGAUUGGAAGUUCCAGCUGUUCUUGGACUCACAGCUAGUCCAGUUGUGAAGUCGACCCCGGAUCAGCUACGGCACGUUUCUCCCAAAUUUUGGAUUGGAGUUUUAGCUAACUGGGUUUAUGUUAGAGUGAUUGAGACCAACCUGAACGCAAUAUCUCGGACACCGGUACGGAAUCGUGAAGAAUUGCUACGACAUGUUCACCCACCGGUACUGAAGAGAAUUCAAGGUGUUGCCACCGAUAACGUGCCAUCCGCUCUCGACUCCCUCCAAUUAGCCUGGGCAACGAUGGACAUCCGGCAGGAUCCAUAUAUAAAAGCUCUCCAGUCCGCCAAUCCCCCUGAUCUGGGACGUAUAGAGACGACUAUAUCAAAGCGUAAUACGUAUUGUCAAGUACAGAUGCGUGGGCUUUUGAAUAAGGCCUUUCACCUCCGGAAAGAGUUUGGUGCUUGGAGCGUGGACUGUUAUCUUAAGCACGCUAUUCAGAAGGCUAUCAAGUUCGCUGAUGAGGAGGACCCGGAGAGUAUGUGGAUGGAGUGGAACAACGAGGAAAAGCGCUAUUUGAAGUCGAUUCUUUCGAAAAUAGCUGUUCCCAGGGACAUUGGUCCAAUAGAAGGGAGGCUUUCGGAUAAGGUUGAGAAGCUGAUUGAAGUGCUUCUGGGUGAGCAUAAGGAUGAUGGUGGGAAAUUUGCGGGAUUGAUCUUCGUUGAGCAGCGGGUGGGGGUCUCUAUUUUGGCAGAAAUCCUGAAAACGGAUUCGAGAACGAAAGAUAUAUUCCGAGUCGGAACUGUUGUCGGCGUUUCAGAAGGCAAUGGAAGGACUAGAAAAGCUAUAUAUGAACUUGUUAACCUGAAAGGACAGUACGAGACAAUUGAGGAUUUUAGGGCUGGUAAGAAGAAUCUAGUCGUGUCUACUAGCGUCGUUGAGGAGGGUAUGGAUAUUCCAGCGUGUCGCCUUGUCGUUUGCUUCUCCUUGCCGCCAAAUCUCAAGAGCUUUAUUCAACGUCGCGGACGGGCGAGAAUGGCUAAGAGUAAUUAUGUUUUGAUGUUUAACGAAGGCGAUACUCAGGGAAAGAUUGAUAAAUUCAAGCAGCUGGAGAUGGACAUGAUCGAGGAAUACCUGGAUGAGACAAGGAAGCUCGAGGCCGAGACGAAGACAGAAACUGAAGAUCCAGAUGAGGACAGUAUCCUUAACAAGGGUAGAAACCGACGCUUCCAGAUCGAAAGUACUGGCGCUCUCUUAACGCUUGAUUCAGCUGUAUCUCAUCUUCAUCAUUUUUGCAAUUGCCUUCCACGGGGCGAAUACAUGGAUCUUCGCCCAAUCUUCCACACUUGGAUUGUGAACCAGGAGCAAUUGGACACUCUGAAAGCGAUGGGUUCUGGCUUGUCGGCGCGACCAUUAUAUAUGGCCGAGGUUCUACUACCGAAUUGUAUCGCCCCCGAGGUACGACGAGCACGGAGUAGAGAGGCCUGGGGAACAGAAAAGUGGGCAAAGCGCGAUGCGGCUUUCGAGGCUUAUCUUGCACUUCGGCAGCUUCAGGGUGAUCCGCUCAUCGACGAUCAUCUGAUGCCAUUAUUACAGACUGACCCCGAUAUUGCGGAUGCGACCAAGAAACUCGAGAAGAGGCCCUCAAAAGUUGCUGUUGACAAUACCAUGGAUCCUUGGUCUGAAAAGAAGUGGGAAGAGGAUACAGUGGCGUUCGCUACGCCCAUCACGCUUAAUAUGCCUAGCAGUGGUGGUCCUGUUGUGGUUGAGAUCUUGACCCACUUUGCUUGUCCUGACGUUGCCAAGAUCAUGGUAUAUCGCACCAAUUCGGAUAUCGGGGAGGUCACAGUCGGACCUUCGAGAUGCCUGGGUGUCAAUCCGAGGAUCAUCGAAAGAGGGAAGAAGACAACGUAUGCCUUGCUCUCGUGUAUAUUUGGGAGCAGGAUGAAACCUGGAGUGAAAGACUUCCCUUAUCUCUUUGUGCCGAAGAACGAAGCAGAUGAUUGGGUGGAAAGGGGUGAUGAAGUUCCCGUCACGCUUUUGGACGCCUACAGGACGCGGGAAGCUAGCCCUGAUAUCGGAAUUAUUAAGGAUAACUCUCAAAAUGGUGUGAGAUAUGUGAUUCAGCGGUGGCGGAGCGGCGUGACCCCUGAAGAGCACGAGAACCUUCUAGACCGGUACAAGGGGAGGGCGAUUGACCAAAAUGGCGUUUUCAUCGAAGCGAUAAGACUUUCCGGCCGUCGAGAUUUCCUCCACCCAGAAUCUAAUGAACCUUCUUCGGAAAGCUCGACAUUACUCAUACCCGAGUUAUGCACGGUGGAUGUAGUGCCUUGGAAGUACUCUCAAUUUGCAAUGUACUUGCCUGGUAUUAUCCGACGGAUUGAGAUGUCGUUUAUCGCGGCAGAUCUAGAACGUACAUUACUCCACCCAGUUGGUUUCAACUCGAUACCCAAAAUGGUUACAGCACUAUCUGCUUCGUCGGCAAGGGAAUCCACAGAUUAUCAGCGUUUCGAGUUUCUUGGUGAUUCUGUCUUGAAGUUCCUCACGUCUGUCAAUCUUCUAGAUGAGCACCCUUUUUGGCACGAAGGGUACCUCACUAGGAAGAAGGAACAGAUGGUCGCAAAUUCGCGGUUAGCCCGCGCAGCCAUUGACAACCGACUAGCAAAAUGGAUUAUUACUGAUAUAUUUACUGGAUCAAAAUGGCGACCGCGAUAUGUGAUAUCAGAGGAGGAAGAGUUCCCAGAGAAGAAACGCAAGGGGCCCAAACAGUUGUCGACAAAGAUUCUUGCAGACGUUGUUGAAGCUCUAAUCGGUGCGGCUUACCUCGAGGGUAAUUACCCGAAGGCUCUUAAAGUCAUCCGAGCAUUUGGGCUUAAUAUCAAUUGGAAAUCUCUUGAGGAGCGAACCACUUCACUGCUAAACCGAGCAUCUCGAUACCCAGAAGUCCACCUUUCCCACCUCAAAGGCCUUGAAUCGCUAAUAGGCUACCAUUUUACGCAUAAGGCCCUCCUGCUGGAAGCUAUUACUCACCCCUCCUGGGAAUCCGACAUGACCUCGCUCUCCUACCAGCGCAUGGAGUUCCUCGGUGACGCCCUAUUAGAUAUGGUAGUCGUAAACCAUCUCUUCUUCUCCCCCCGCAAUCUCUCACACAUCGACAUGCACUUGUAUAAGUCCUCCGUAGUAAACGGCAACUUCUUAGCGUACCUCUCUCUCCGCUGUGCUGUCGAUGCUAAGUACUAUGGAAUCAGUCAGCGCGCGCAAAGCACCGAAGUAGAAAUCGUCAACAAGUCCCGCAAAGUCGAACUGUGGAAGUUCAUCCGCCACCAACAUCAACAGAUCCAGCACGCUCAAAAAAUAUGCUCGAAACGCUACGAGGAGGAUCUCCGCGACAGUGUUCAGGCAGCCCUGGAUUAUGGAAAGGACUACCCAUGGACCGAGCUUUCCCCGCUAGAAUCAGAUAAGUCGGGCCGGAACAAGUUCCUCUCGGACGUAGUCGAGGCAAUAAUAGGCGCGGUGUUUAUCGAUUCCGGCGGGGACUUUGAAACGGUUCAAUCACUCGCUGAGCGCCUGGGAAUCUUGAAGGUCCUCAAGAGACUGGUGGCGGAUCAUGUGGAUGUCACUCACCCAGUUAAGAAGCUCGGGGAAGCCGUCGCAGCCAACGGUCAAGGGACUGUACAAUACGUGCAAUCCGUAGAGGGAGGCGGUUACUCCUGCGCGGUAAUGGUGAACGAGGAGAAGUUACUCAGCGUGAGGGCAGCUAGCCGCUCUGAGGCGCGCACAAAAGCGGCGGAAUUAGCCCUGAGCGUGUUUAUGGAGAAGGUCAAGAAUGAAACGUUUCCUGCUGGGACGGUGGGGAAGCGCCAUGGAGAAGAUGGAGAUGACGAGGGUGAAUAUGAAUAUGAGGAUGAGAAUUAUGCAGGAGAGGAGGAAGACGAAUAUUAUAUGCAGGGAAUUUUGGGUUCUAAAGUGUUUGAGAAUGACGUGGAUCAGUUGGAUAACAUGGAGGAUAUGCACGAUGGCUCCGGUACGGUGAUUAGGAGGAGGAAGGUGUUUGAGGACGAGGCUAGUCAUGUGGACCUGAAGAUUGGGGAUUUGGACACGGUUCUUGAUGGUUGUUAGCGGGCGAUGUCUUUUUACAGUGGUUCUCUUUUUUCUUCUUUACUCGGAUAUGUAACUUGCCUAACUUAUGGUGUAUCGAUGGUUCAUUUAUUUCAAAUUUAUUCUAUUUAGUUUUUUUGAUAUUUAUCUAGAA